AUGUCCAAACAACAACGCAAGGGAAAGGCCCAAACUUCCAAAGCUACCCGUGGCACGAAAGGAGAGAAUCCUCCAUCUCCUGAGCAUAACUAUACAUUUCCCGCGAUUGCGCCGAAAGACUAUCUGGAAUGUCGUACUCUGCUUGAUGAUCAGAUAUUACUGAUUGAUAAUUUCCUAACCGCUGCGGAAUGUAAACAAUACAUUCAAUUUAUCGAUAACCUUCCUCUCGAGCUGACUCCACCCAAGAAACGAGGGGAAGCCGAACGCGUUAAUUAUCGAUUCUCUAUUCCCUCUGUGGACUUCGCUGAGCGGUUGCACUCGUUGUUCCAGCCAUACGUCCUUUCUCUGCCUACUCCUUCUACUUGGCGCACAAGUGAAUCCCACCACUCGCCCGUUGGCUGCAAUUCCAAUAUUCGACUGUAUAAAUACAAUCCAGGACAGCAUUUCGGACCACAUUACGACGAUUCGGUCAGAGAUCCUGCAACCGGGCUCAAGUCUGAAUGGACCAUCCUGAUGUAUUUAUCUGGCAUUGAAGACGGUGUAGAAGGCGGAGAGACAAUCUUCUAUCUUGAGCAGAAAGGCAAAGCAAGGGAGGCCAUUGCAGCUCCUCUCACUCGUGGCACUGCUCUUCUUCAUAGGCACGGCAGUGAGUGCUUGCUUCAUGAAGGUUCCCCAGUUCGCAAGGGCACGAAGUAUAUCCUACGCUCUGAUCUAAUGUUCAAGUACUAG